CAUCGAACCAGCAAUGCGAAGCCCCUGGGGUCUCGCUCCUCGCACCUUAGGAUAUUCUCUCGGUCAAGUAAAACAGAUGCCUAUACUGUGCAUCGUCAGGUACCCAUCUCAAUCCAUCAGAAGCAAAGCAUGGCGGGUGUUCAAGCCAUUAGUGAUCGGUACGUCGUAUCGAUCACUGAUGGCUUGUUCUGA